GCAUCCGACGACUCUGACCAGGACUCUAAACAGGGUGAAAGCAGCUCCAGGCAGGCGACAGAGCCUCCUGAGUUCUUCGACCCCGAGGCAGAUGACAAGUCGGAGGCCUGGGUGUCAAAGCUACGAGGAGGACGCCGCUCGGAUGCCAUCCUGAGCUGCCCUCAGUGCUUUACAACACUGUGCCUGGAGUGCCAACAGCACGCGCACCAGCACAACCAGUUCCGAGCCAUGUUUGUCAUGAACUGCAGGUGCUCGCAACCCCUGUGGUCAUUGGCCAUGCCGCUGAGCAGGGCAGACGAGAUUGCUGGCGCUGCGAUAGACAGCGAGAUAGUGCAACAGUAUUCAGUAGAGCCCGGUGGUAAGGCAAGGCGAGGAAAGAAACGAGCAAUGGCAGAGGAGGGAGAUGCCGACGCAGAUCCCAAAAUGGCAGGUGCUCUUGAUGCGGAAACCUUCAACCCUGUGACGUGUGCCGCCUGUGACUGCAGCGUGGGAGUUCGCUCAAUGGCCGACGGCACAUACCAUUUCGUCGAUGUAUUUGCCAGCAACAGCUGA